UAAGAAAAUUUACGAAAAUUGAUUGUUUUGGGUUCCCCGCGCGAGGAAGUUCCGCCGUCACGAUUCAUUGUCUUGUUCCGUUCGCGGGAAAAGGGGAACCCUAGAGAAUCCAAUCGGAAAAUGUCGAAGAAAGCCGAAGUCAGCAGAAAAGAGCUGUUGCAGCGAUGGAGUGUCAUCGAGCAAGAGGACGACGACGCAGCCGUUCAUCCUAUCAAACGUCGUCGUCUCCGCCAGCUCAAAGAACAAUGGUUUUCAGACGCUUUCAAUUUCUUGAUACAUCUGCCAAUAGACGAUCACGUUUGGUGUGGUUAUUGGGAUCUGAUGGGGCCUCUUCUCGAGACAUUUUACAAUUUUCUCAAGGACGAAUCCCAAGGUUCUCCUCUCAAGCUCCUGUGGAAAAGAAUUUCAGGAGAAAUGAGGGGGUGCACUCUAUGCAUUCACCAGCAUCAUCAAGCACAAGAGAUGUAUCAAAAUGAAUAUGAGCCAAGCUGUAUCGGUCUUCUACUAGAUGUACUGCAUGUGCUUGAUGAAGAGCGGAUUACCACGCACCUCAAGGAUCUCAAUGAUAGAAUAGCAAGAGGGGUGUAUGACGCGUCAUGUGACUAUGGAGAAGUUGUUAGUGUUAUGUUCGAGGUUUUGAUGUUCCCUGUAAUGCUCGAUGACCAAUACUUGGCCAUGGAGUUUCAAAUUUUUAUUGAAGCUGUUGAUAAUUCUCACGAUCUGGCAUUAGAUGGGCACCAACAGUAUCCGGGAGUUUAUGCAUUGCUUUUUUUCAAAAGCAGACGAGUUCGAUCUAUAGGUCUUCGCUUGGCUGGGCACAUGGGUAAAUUGAGAAGAUCAUCAGACUUGGAUUCAUUGCAGUAUUUACUCAAGAAAUGCAUGUACAUAUUGGAAACGGAAGGUGUGCAGACCGCUCUUGAGACUGCAAGGCCAAGGGUUAAACUGGACCAAGUAACUGUGUGGCUUGGAAUGAAGGCAUUGGUGGGGUUUCUAGAGCCUCAAGCAUUUGAAGAAGGGAUUUUAGAUCGGUAUCCCAUUUUUCUUAGUAUUGUCUUGAACCAUAUCAGCGAUGAUUCAAUCGAGUUUUCUCAUGCAGUUAACUGCCUGAGACUAAUGUUUGAGAAGCUAGGUUGUAAACUAUGGUUGAGAGCUACACUGUCUCCUAGUGUUAUGAGAAAUACACUUCUUGGUCAAUGUUUCCAUACCAGAAAUGAGAAAAGCCACAAAGAAAUUUUUGAUCUUUUCGAACCUUUCUUGCAGUCUCUUGAAGCUCUGCAAGAUGGAGAACAUGAAAAACAGAGAAGGCAUUUUCUUUACUUUCUCCUACAUCAAGUGCCUGUGAGCAGUAAUUUUAGCAUACUCAUGCGGAAAAAGGCUAGUCAGAUUGCUUUUCUCAUUAUUCUCCGUGGUUACAGGAUGGAUCCUCCUUGUCCACCUUCUGAAUGCGCGCACAUGUGGGGCCCUUCUCUUGUGUCCUCUCUGAAGGAUACAUCUCUUCACAGUCCUCUUCGGCAACCUGCAAUUGAUCUAAUUCAAACUAUUGUAGUGUCGGAUGCAUCUGCAUUGAUCUCUGUAAUAUUAAAUGGGAAGUUGCAUCCCAGUGAUAAAUCCAUCAGGACUACUAAUUCUGGUGAUGCAGACGACGAAGAAGAGAUUCUGUUUGGUCUCCAUGUGGAAGAGAAGAAUACUAGUUGUUGGAAAGAGUUCACUUUGCAGCAUAAAGUUGUCUCACAGGUAGAUAGGAGCUGGAUGUGUGUACCCAUGCUAUGGUUUGAUGUGUUAGUUGAAAUCGAUCCAUUGGCCCUCCCGUUAUCCUUUUCCAAGGCUGUUAUUUGGGCAUUAUCUCGGUUUUCACUGAUAGAGACUGAAGAUAGCACAGAAAUGUCUCUUUCUAUACGGAAUUGGUUGGUCACAUGUGCGCCAGAAAUAUCUUAUCUUUUGGGGUGGAAGGUCCCAUCAGGUUCUGACGAUGGUGGGGAUGGAACAGAGUCUAGAAACUCUAUUAGGACUUCAACAAUGUGCCGCCCUUUAGUUAGGACUUUCAAGAGGUUAACUAGACAUUAUACCAUUAGAAUGGAACAAGCAGAACUUAGAAAACAGUGGAUCUGGGAGCCCAUGAUGAGCAGCAGUUUGAUUCUCUUACUUCUGGAUCCUAAUGAUAAUGCCAGGCAAGUGGGUAGGCUGAUUCUGGAACAAGUUUCAAAUGUGCGCGGCCUUACUUGUGGUCUGCAGUUUCUUUGCUCCACACCACCCCCCUUGUUAUCCAUCCUUCUGGGACUGAGACAUGCUCUGAAAUUGGUUCAGUUGGAUUCUGUUUUGUCUAACUUUUCGACUUUACAUCACCUGUUCUUCAUCUUAUGCAAAUUGCUCAAAGAAGGAAAUCCAUCUGCUCAAACCCAAUCUCAAAAUUCGUCAGAUGUUGCCGACACUUCACAGUUUUCUUCUCAAGGUGGAUUUCUAAAGCAACCUGUAUUUGAAUCUUCACACUCUGAUGGUGGUGGAUAUUCAUCAAUUGUUAGCUCCGCAUGGUGGAACAAGUUUAGCUGCUUACUGUCACAGGCAGCUUGGCCUUCAAUACUGAAAUGCUUAGAUGGAGGCAAGGCAUUCACUGAUUACACAUUAUCUCAGAUGACUUGUAUCCGCAUUCUUGAAGUCAUCCCUGUGCUUUUUGAAAGACAUCCCAAGAAUUCUGGCAUAGUGUUGGACAGUUUUGAUAGCAUGAAGUGGCUUCAUGAUCUGGCUGAUUGGGGGAAAUCAUCACUUGCUGUUGUGGUUAGAUAUUGGAAACAAACAUUAUCUUAUAUGCUUGGUCAAAUCAGAAUGGUGUGCAGUGAUAAAUCUGCUUCAGCAAUUAGUGAUAUUGAGAAACUUAUUUCAUGUGAAAAAGUUUCAAAUGAUGAAGUGAGCAAGCAUGUAGCACGUCUUUCUGUUUCAUUAAAAGAACAGUGCUCUGCAUUAAAUAAAACUGCUAGUCGGUCACAAUUUGCACGAUCAAAAGAGACAAUAUUAGUCGAUGAAGCUGAAGAUGAUAUCCUAGAUUCUGAGCCAUUGGUCAACUUGGAUAGAGGCUGUGUUAUAAUUCUUUCAGAUGAUGAGAAGGAAUCUGAUGUUUCUUCCCACCUGGGGGUUUCUAAUAGUUGGCUGACUAAUACUACAUAUUAUGAUGAUCAUGUUGGUACAAGCACAGCUGGAGAAGAGUCGAUAGCUGACUUGGAGAGAGGCAAUGUUAUAAUUCUUUCUGAUGUUGAGAAGGAAUCUGAUGCUUCUGCCCAUGUGGGGGUUUCUUAUAGUUGGCUGACUAAAACUACAUAUUAUGAUGAUCAUGCUGGUACAAGCACAGCAGGAGAAGAGUCGAAAGCUGACUUGAAAGAGAAAGAUGUUGACUGCCCUGGUGGUCUGGUGGUCUCCUCAGAGGCUGAUUCUCAGAUAGGUUCUUAUUCUACUGAUCUUGUUCAGGAAAUGAAUUUGGAUAUUACUGGAAGCGUACAAACAUCUCAAUCCCCUGUUCCAGUAGAGCCAUCAGAGAGUAAGCAGAAUAACAUUGAAACAAGAGAAGGUGUACCCAAUCAUUUCCCACCAAGGAACAAUUCAAGUUUGAUGAAAGUACCAGAUGGAGUUGUGAAAUCCAGAGAAAGGGACUCAUCAACAUCUCCAGUAUCUUCAAGUAACAAGACCUUUAAUGAUUUAAGCAUCGCUUCUGCAAGGAAAAAUCAGGAGAGUAAUAAAGCUCCAAAAGCUAAUGAUGGAAUCAUAAAAGAAGUAGUAGGUGAUGCAGAUGAUGAUGCAUGGAAGUUCUCAUUUUUCAAACCACCAAAACGUCAACAGCCCUUAAAUAUGAAGCCAAUCAUUUCCGGUCCUAAACGGCAAGUUAUCCAGCUUUCUGUGCCUCAAAAGAGCAGGCCGGGCUCUAUGAGGCUGGGUGGUGGAGUGAAAAGAUUUCAGCCCCCCCGACUUGAUGACUGGUACAAACCCAUCUUAGAGUUGGAUUUCUUUGUUGCUGUUGGUUUAGCUUCUGGAACUGAGAAAAACUCUCAAAGAUUAGGCAAACUAAAGCAAGUUCCUGUUUGUUUCGAAUCAUCUGAUGGGUAUUUUGAAAUUUUCCGGCCCUUGGUUCUGGAAGAAUUCAAAGCGCAACUACAGAAUUCCUACCAGGAGAUGACUUCUUCUGAGGAACUGUGCUGUGGAAGUUUAUCUGUGCUGUCUGUUGAGAGAAUAGAUGAUUUCCAUGUCGUUCGCUUUGUACAAGAUGAAGAUAAUUCCCCCGGAUCUAGAAGCCUGUUGGAAAAUGAUCUCAUUUUACUUACUAGACAACCUCUGCAGAACUCUACUACCAGUGAUAUACACACUGUUGGAAAGGUUGAAAGACGCGAGAAAGACAACAAAAGAAGGUCAAAUAUCUUAGCUAUUAGACUGUAUCUUCAAGCAUGUCCUCGGCUCGAGCGAGCUAGAAAGCUUCUUGCGGAGAGAAGCAGGUGGUAUGUUAGUCGUAUCAUGUCCAUUACCCCUCAACUUCGAGAAUUCCAGGCAUUGUCAUCAAUAAGGGAAAUUCCUUUACUUCCAAUAAUUUUGAACCCGGUCAAUUGUCGUUCUAGUCAAUAUGAUGCAGAAACUCAAAGUAUGAGUAAACUCCCUCAACCUCUGCAGCAGAUUCUUAAGUCAUCAUAUAAUGACAGUCAGCUGCAGGCUAUCAGUCUUGCAACUGGACUGUCUGACUUGAAAAAGGACUUUGAGUUGACUCUCAUACAGGGACCUCCAGGAACUGGAAAGACCCGAACAAUUCUGGCCAUUGUUAGCAGUCUGCUUGCUGUUUCUCAAAUAAAUGAUUCCAAAAGAUUAAGAAAUGGUGGAUCAGCAUGUAGUAGCUCUAGCACGAGUCAAAGGAUCAGUCAGUCUGCUGCAGUUGCGAGAGCCUGGCAGGAUGCAGCAUUGGCUAAACAAUUAAAUGAGGAUGUUGAAAAGAAUAACAGAACUACAGGAAAUGGCAUUAGAGGCCGAAUUCUCAUUUGUGCUCAAUCUAAUGCUGCAGUUGAUGAGCUAGUUGCAAGGAUAUACAAUGAAGGUCUUUAUGGUUGUGAUGGACAGAGGUACAAGCCAUAUAUUGUGAGGGUUGGUAAUGCAAAGACAGUCCAUCCAAAUUCUCUUCCCUUCUUCAUCGAUACACUGGUUGAAAAUCGUUUAGGCGAAGAAAAGAGAAAUGCACAUGAUGAAAAUAGUGGGACUUUUGCAGAUUCUUUAACUAUAUUGCGUACUAAUUUAGAAAAGUUAGUGGAACAGAUAAGACACUAUGAAGCCAAGCGGGCUAGCUGGCAGGAAGAAAAUUCUGAAGUUAAAAAUUUCAUGGAAGGAGAUCUUGAAGAUGGCAAGAUAUUUUCUGAUGCUGAAUUGAAAGGAAAGCUAAGGCAGUUAUACGAAAAAAAGAAAGCCGCGUAUACAGAACUUGCCAGUGCCCAGGCGAGAGAGAGGAAGGCCAACGAAGAAAUGAGAGCCCUAAGACAUAAAUUUCGGAAUGCUAUAUUGAAGGAGGCUGAAGUUGUGGUGACCACACUAAGUGGCUGCGGUGGAGAUCUAUAUGGGGUGUGCUCUGAAUCUACAUCAAGCCAUAAAUUCAUCAAUGCAUCUGAAACCACUCUAUUUGAUGCUGUUGUGAUUGAUGAAGCUGCUCAAGCCUUGGAACCUGCCACAUUGAUUCCACUUCAGCUCUUAAAAUCGAGGGGAACCAAAUGUAUCAUGGUUGGUGAUCCAAAGCAGCUUCCUGCCACAGUUUUAUCUAAUGUUGCUAGCAAAUACAUGUUCCAGUGCAGCAUGUUUGAAAGGCUGCAGAGGGCAGGUCAUCCUGUAAUCAUGCUCACCCAACAGUAUAGGAUGCAUCCAGAGAUUUGUCAGUUUCCUUCUUUGCAUUUCUAUGAGGGGAAAUUGCAGAAUGGAGAUAAGAUGUCUGGCAGAGCUGCAUCAUUCCAUGAGACUCGGUGCCUUGGGCCAUAUGUAUUUUUUGACAUCAUUGAUGGUCUGGAGCUCCGUGGUAAGAAUUCUGCAUCACUCUCCCUGUACAAUGAGUCUGAGGCUGAUGCUGCUGUUGAAGUGUUGAGAUUUCUUAGAAAAAGUUAUCCAUCUGAAUUCUGGGGUGGAAGAAUUGGCAUCAUAACACCUUACAAGCGCCAGUUGUCACUUUUACGUACACGGUUCACCAGUGCCUUUGGAUCUUCUAUUACCUCUGAUAUGGAAUUUAAUACAGUUGAUGGUUUUCAAGGGCGAGAAGUUGAUAUCCUGCUACUUUCUACUGUUAGAGCAUCUGGAUCCUGCGAUGAAACACCUAGAGGCAGCUGUAGUAAUAUUGGAUUUGUCGCUGAUGUUAGACGGAUGAAUGUAGCUUUGACUAGGGCUAAAUUCUCUCUUUGGGUUUUUGGUAAUGCAAGAACAUUACGGACAAACCAGACGUGGGCAGCUCUUUUAGAAGAUGCAAAACAAAGAAAUUUGAUUGUAUCUGCUAGAAAGCCAUACAGUUCGAUACCCAAGUUCAGUUCAGAAAUUAGAACAAGUGCAGAGAAGUCUUUCACUAGGCAGUUCGAGGAAGACGAGUGGCUCAAAUCUGCAAGGGGGCAUGUUAAUUUGCAGAAAACUGUAAAAUAUACUACUGAAAGAAAGAGAAAAUGCGUUGAUACUGCACCAGAAAGUGAUGGUCAAGAGCUUCCCUGUUUGGGGAAGGAUGCUGCAAUAGAUGUCAAAAGGAGCAGAGAUAGAAGGGGAACAAAGCUUUUGGAUCCCAAGGAGAUGACAUCUGAUAAAAUUCCAAAAAAUGACUACAAAGUAAUUAAAGGUGCAACGUUGGAAUUGCAAGAAAAUAAAGAGAAGACUGAUAUAAGCCCCAGAUUCAGAGAUAAUAAUAAGCAAAUUAAGGGGGUAAGAGCUGAUGCUAGAAAGGAGAGCAAUAAUAACAGUGUUAGGACACAUUCAACUAAUACUGGAAAGGAAGCUAGUAGAAGUAAAGAUCAUAUGAGACCAGUUGCUGAUGAAGUGCAUUCAAAAACUAUCAAGCAUGAUAAGCCACCAGACGCGAAAGUUGGUACAUCAUCUUCUGAGAGAACAGUCAAGGGGAAGGGUGAAGUGCAAGCUUCUAAUCAUGCUGAAACACUCAGUGAUACAUUAAAGAAAAGGAAACAACAGCGCGAAGCUGUUGAUGCCCUCCUGUCUUCAGCUCUUAUAUCUUCGAAGAAGUCAGAUUCAGUGAUGAAACCAUCCAUGAAGAGGGCCCCUUCGACAAGUACCAUCAAAACUCAUAAACGAAGACAUGGUUAGAUUCAUGGAUGGGAGUUUUGUUUAGUUUGUAUGGAGUUUCCAAAGGAUUUGUAGCUCUGAAGGACUUGUGUGUUAAAUGUUAUUCUACCAUGUAAGUAUAUCGUCAGGAAGGUGAAUACAAAAUUCUUGAGUUAGUGUAUAGCAAUUUUGUGACAUUGUAGAUCAAAGGUGAAACAGUAAGAGCCAACAAUUUUGUGACAUUGUAGAUCAAAGGUAGGUGCUUUUCUUUUCUGUGGCACAGAAAAAUAUUAUUUGGUGCUGACAAUGAGAUUGAUGCAUAAUGGGCAGAUAUUGAUGAUAGUUACUAUAUACUUAAA